AGGGAAGGAUGGUGCGGAGAGAGUGGUGGGAGAGAGGGUGAAGGAUGGACGUCUGGGAUGGGUGGGACGUGAAGUGGGUGGAGAAUUAGAGAGCUGUACAGUUUUACCUGCUCUGGAUAAGCACCGGGAUGCUCCGAGCCUGGCACUGCAGGGAAGCCUGGUAUAGCAUCACUCCACCACGCACAAAGAAAACCCCUCUGAGUGUGGCUUAGAUGCUCUGAGUUUUUGUCGUAUUAUUUCCCCUCUCAAAAGUUCUCGAAUGUGAAAGCAUUAUUCUUUAGCAAGCAGAAAAAUGAAUGAAAGUAAAGCUAUGGCCUCAAAAGAAAGUGGAGAAUAUGAAGAUGACUUUGAAAAGGACCUGGAGUGGUUAAUCAAUGAUAAAGAAAAAGGUGACGGCAGUGCAAUGGUGUGUGAGUCAAGGAUGGCUUGCAAGACAGAAGAUGACACUGACCAGGAAUUAGAAGAGAAUGAGACACACAUAAAAGACACCCAACAGCUCUCUGGUCCAGAUAAAUAUCUAAAGGGUGAGGCUUCACCAAGAAGAAAUGACUCCAUUUCUGUUCCAAGUAUUCAGCCUUUGGAUCCCAUAUCAGAUCCCGAUAGUGAAAACUCUUCCCAGGAUUCCAAACUAGAAAACCAGAAAGACCUAGAUGAAGAAGAGGAUGAGGACGUAAGGAGGUACAUUAUGGAGAAAAUUAUAGAAGCGAACAAGAUUCUACAGAAUCAAGAACCUGUUAAUGAUAAAAGGGAGAGAAAACUUAAGUUCAAAGACAAAUUAGUUGAUCUGGAAGUCCCUCCAUUAGAUGAAAAUGGCCCUUGCAAAAAUUACUCAGAAAAUGAAAAUAAUAUGUCUAGAAAACUGUCACAGUUAUGUAUUUCUGGUGAAUUAGGACCAGAAAAUGUGCUCCUGUCAGUAACCAAUGGAAGCUGUGAAGAAAAUGAAAGGAAGAUACUGGUAGAGGGAGAUGGGAAGUUUGAACUUCUCAAUUUACAAGAUAUUGAGAGUCAGGGAGUUUUGUCCCCUAUUAAUUGUGCUAACAGUACAGAAAAUGAACCUUUGCAAUUGUCACUCAGGUGUCCCAACCCACCUGUCAGUGUUGUGGAGAAAGAAGAGCCUGAUGCAAAGGUUCAUGCUGCUGCUCUCUCAUCAGCAAGAGAGCCUUUGGCUUAUACCCUUCAACCACCACCCAUCCCCAAGACUCGUCCAAGCUCUGCUGCCAACUCAGAUCAAAAUAAAAGAAAUAGGAGAUCAAAUUCCAGGACACAGUCUGCAGGUGUCUCUCCAGUGACCUCAACGUAUUGUCUUUCCCCACGACAGAAAGAACUUCAAAAACAGCUAGAACGAAAGAGAGAAAAGCUAAAGAGAGAGGAAGAACAACGCAAAAUUGAGGAAGAGAAUGAAAAGAAAAAAGAGAACGACAUGGUGUUUAAAGCGUGGCUGCAAAAGAAGCGAGAGCAGGUUCUAGAGAUGAGGAGGGUUCAGCGAGCAAAGCAGAUGGAAGACAUGAACAGUAGACAGGUUAACAGAGACCCACAACAAGCUUUUCGAUUAUGGCUUAAGAAAAAGCACGAGGAGCAGUUGAAGGAAAGGAAGACAGAAGAGCUGAGGAAGCAGGAGGAGUGCUUGUUCUUCCUCAGGGGAACAGAGGGCCGCAGAAGGGCCUUCAAGCAGUGGCUAAGAAGGAAACAGAUAGAAAAAAUAGCAGAGCAACAGGCUGCCAAAGAGAGAGCUAGACAGCUCCGACUAGAAGCACGGCAUUCUAAGCAGUUACAGAACAUCUUCUAUAACAUGCCCGAAGCCAGAGCUUUCCGUUUUACUGAUCACCACUGAAGGAGUCUGCUCCAACUUCAUUUGGCAGCUGCUGUCAUCAAAGUUUGGAUAUCAUUUCCUGCAGUCCCUGUACUUCAGUAAUCCUAGAGAUGAUGGAAAUGGUAUCUUUUGGUGAUGUUGACAGUGAAUUUGUGUUUGUUUUCACUCUAACCAAUAAACACCUCUC